GGCGGGUUCUUUCCGGCCGCCAUGCUAGCUGAGGGUUCUUCACCGAGGCCGAGGGAGGUUGCUGAGGGCGCUGUUGCCCGGAGCACAGAGGACAACGGAGGAGAGCUCGGCAGCUGCGCCAUGGACUGCCAGGAAACUUCAGGAAGUCCUAACUGAGCCGAGAAGACCCUGUUGUAUACAGAGAAGUCCAAAGAAGAAGCAGUGUUGCUGUCCUGCCUGCCUUCACUUCUUGCUAGUGAGUGCAUCUGUCCCUUUGCCGCUGCUGCUGCUGCUGCUGCUGCUGCUGCUGCUGCCGCCACUGCCACCAUCCUUCAUUGACAUUGGAACCCAGCUUUUUGUACUUUCCGGUGUGGGCUGAAGACCAGAAGCUGUCCAGGUGUGCUCUGGGCCUGAGGCGCCAGAUUGAAGCUCUUGAGGCUUCUAGUCUUUGUGGAUGGAGCCUCUCUGUCAUGGAGACUGCCAUUAUUGGACUCUUCAGGCCGGAUCAGGACCUGGUGAGCUUUGAGGAUCUGGCUGUGAACUUCACCCAGGAAGAGUGGGAUUUGCUGGAUCCUUCCCAGAAGAGUCUCUAUGGAGAUGUGAUGCUGGAGACCUGCAGGAACUUCACUGCCAUCGGAUACGAAUGGGAAGACCAGAAAAUUGAAGAACAUAAUGAAGAUCCUGAAAUAAAUCUAAGGCACGUCAUAUCUCACUCUGAAUAUACACAGUAUGAACAUGAAGACUAUGAACAGAAGCCACAGGACUCCAAUUUUCUUACAAGUAUUGAAGGAUACACGGAAACUCAGACUUCGAGUGGGCCUUCUGAGUGUGAGGUGUGUUUAAAAUCCUAUGGACUGUAUCACCUAACUUAUAAUGGACAUCACAACUAUGACUACAAGGAGUGUGAAGGAAGUCAGACUGUUCGGAAAUGUUAUGAAUGUAACCAGUGUGGUAAAACCUUGAGUUCUUUCAAUUCUCUUCAAAGACAUCAGAAAAUUCAUAUUGAAGAAAGACCAUAUAAGUGUCAGCAGUGUAGCAAGGCCUUUAGAUGUCUCAAUGCCCUUCAGUCACAUGAAAGAAUUCACACUGGAGAAAAACCUUACGAAUGUAAACACUGUGGUACAGCCUUUAGCAGACUUACUCACCUGCGAUUACAUGAAAAAGUUCACACUGGAGAAAAACACUAUGAAUGUAAACAGUGUGAUAUAGUUUUCAAGUCUCAGAGUUCCUAUCAUAGACAUAAAAUAAUGCAUGGAGAAACAUUUUAUAAUUGUAAAGAGUGUGGUAAAUCUUUCAUUUACCCCUCUUUACUUCAAAUGCAUGAAAGAACGCACACAGGUGAAAAGCCCUUUGAGUGUAAGCUGUGUGGGAAAGCUUUUAGAUAUCAUUCUUCCAUACGGUUACACGAAAGAACGCAUACGGGAGAAAAACCUUAUGAAUGUAAACAUUGUGGUAAAGCAUUUACACGUCAAAGUUACCUUCAGUUCCAUGAAAGAAGCCACACUGGAGAGAAACCUUAUCAAUGUAAAGAAUGUGGUAAAGCUUUUAGGCAUCACUCUUACCUCCGAUUACAUGAAAGAAGACAUACUGGAGAGAAACCGUAUGAGUGCGUGCAGUGUGGCAGAUCCUUCAGCCGGCAGAGUUCCUUUAAGAGGCAUCAGUCCGUCCAUGCUGUGGAAAACCCCUAUAAAUGUCAACAAUACCUAAUUCCUUUAUCCCUGUUUCCUUCAAAUGAAUGAAAGAACUUAAACCAGCACUAAGCCUUCUGCAUGUGAACAAUGUGAUAAGAUGCUUAUCCUAAUUCACAUAAAAGACAUGUAAGAACCCAAAAUAGUGAUGAGCUCUUAAAAAAUGUAGUAUAGCCUUUGGGAUCACAGGACUAUAGUGCCCAUGAUAGUGUACCCUACGGGGUCACAGGGACUCUAGAGCUCACCAUAGUGUACCCUACGGGGUCACAGGAACUCUAGAGCUCACCAUAGUGUAGCCCUCAGGGUUACAGAGGCUAUAGAGCCCACCAUAGUGUACCCUACAGGGUCACAGGGACUAUAGAGCCCACCAUAGUGUACCCUACAGGGUCACAGGGACUAUAGAGCCCACCGUAGUGUAUCCUACAGGGUCACAGGGACUAUAGACUCCACCAUAGUGUAUCCUACAGGGUCACAGGGACUAUAGAGCCCACCAUAAUGUAUCCUACAGGGUCACAGGGACUAUAGACUCCACCAUAGUGUACCCUACAGGGUCACAGGGACUAUAGAGCCCACCAUAGUGUACCCUACAGGGUCACAGGGACUAUAGACUCCACCAUAGUGUACCCUGCAGGGUCACAGGGACUAUAGUGCCCACCAUAGUGUAUCCUACAGGGUCACAUGGACUAUAGAGCCCACCAUAGUGUAUCCUACAGGGUCACAGGGACUAUAGAGCCCACCAUAGUGUACCCUGCAGGGUCACAGGGACUAUAGAGCCCACCAUAGUGUACCCUACAGGGUCACAGGGACUAUAGACUCCACCGUAGUGUACCCUACAGGGUCACAGGGACUAUAGAGCCCACCGUAGUGUACCCUACAGGAUCACAGGGACUAUAGAGCCCACCGUAGUGUACCCUACAGGAUCACAGGGACUAUAGAGCCCACCAUAGUGUACCCUACAGGCCCCACCACCUGGAAGCAGUUACCAAAGAUGACAGCUUCAGCCUCCCGUAACAGUUUGAUACUCUCCAGAUGAUGUGUCUCAGGGAGGAGUAGUGCAGGAAGAAGGCCACAAAGGAAUGACUGUGAAGCACAGUGACUCAGCUCCAGAGCCUAACAACCAAGAAAUGCCAGCACUUGGACUUUGGGGACCAUCUUGAGGUUUCAGAAACUCUUCCAGAAAAUAUAGGAAGUCAUUCCCUAUCAUUACUAGAAGGUAGGUCUGCCCUAUAAUAAACUCUGCAUUUUUAAUGAAGAGUUCUUAAGCAGCCUGCUUGAGUCCACUCCUGUCCUGUGGAUGUAUUCUGUGCUGUCGUUCUCAAGUUCAAUA